GAGCGAGCAGGUACCAAAGAUGGAAUGCCAGCUCUUGUUGGCCACGAGGAGGUUCAGAACCAGGACGCCUGGGUGGAGAUCAAGGUAGUGUCGCAUUGCUGGGAGUCGAAGCAACAUCCUGAUCCUUAUGGACAUCAACUUCGGCAGCUUGUAGAGAAGCUCCAACAGCCAUACGCCUACGACGAUUGCUCUGAGGUUGCUGCAUUUGGCCGUGCCAUGGCCAAUAUGCACGUGCUCUACUCGCAUGAGGAGGCUGAGACCGUGUUCCUUGAUGAACUUACACCAACGGAUAUUAUUGAGGCACACAAGGACAGUCUUAUCGCCGUGUACGAUGAAGAGUCACGCAUGGUCAAGCAAAUCCCUGCUUCAAAGCUGGAGGCAAAUCGAACCCCAUACGAGUCUCGUGGAUGGUGUUCUGCAGAGGUACAGUGGUCAUGCACCAAGGAUGCAGUGUCCAAUUCAGCGAUUCCUUUACCGCCACACGUGUUCGCGGAGCGUUUCGCGGAUGGCAAGGGCACCGGCCUCAAGUUCACCCUCCGCAGCGAUGCUAGUGAGGUGCUGCGGCUGCAAGCACAGGUCUUCAACGAGAAGAUCCCCAAAUGCAAGUUGUUCGGAAUCAAUUUGCAUGUCGUGAGAGAGGAUGAUUUGAGCGACCUCGCUGUUGCCUUGCCAGCAUUUGAAUCCCUCGAGUGUAUUAUCUUCUGCAUGUAUAAGGAUGAGCGGCCGAAAAACAGGAGAUCUGUGGAAGACAGGAGAUCUGUGCUUCUGUCAGCUUUCGCCAAGGCCUUGGCGCAAGUGACUUGCCCCAACCUUAGAGAGAUCCAGUUUCACAGCGCGCCCAGGGUCCAUGCAAAUCGUUAUCAAGAUCUGGGGAGCACCGAGUCAUUGAUCCUCGACCAACCGCCGUCUGAUGCCGGAGUCCUGCAUCGAGCCUUGUUGCAAGCCUGCGACAAAUCUGACGCCAAUUGUGUGGAAUCUGGGGAGGUGCGGCUCAGCGAAUAUGCAUCAGGUGCUGCUAAGCAGCUUGCUUGA